CGGAGAAGUAAUCCAUUUCGAUGGCUUUUUCUGGGCGUUUCGAACCCACUCCUCGUCGCUCUGAACUAGAAGAAAUUAUCGACGACGAUGGAGAAUCUGACGAUGAGUAUGAUUCUGAUGAUUCGGAAUGUGAUCCGAGUUACUCCAUUGAGGAAAAAUCCAAUUCCAAGAUUUCAAGGACCUCGAUCAGGAAGAAAUCUAAGCCUUUGAAUGAUGUCGAUAUGGAACUGAUCGCAGAAGCAGACAUGGAUGAUGCGGCGCCGAAUGUUACGAUACUAAAUGAAAAUGAUGAAAAAGAUAUCCACGAAGUGCUACAGAUCAUUAAAGCUGGCAAGCUAGAGAAACUCAAGGUAGAGCAAUGUAAGGUUUACCUGAGAAAGAAUGGAUUGAGACUGACAGGAACUAAAGAUGUACUCAUUCAGCGCAUCAAUGAGCAUUUGGAGAUUUUAAAUGGUGGAGGGGCGAAGAAAUAUCCAGAUUAUAGCUUUAUAUUGGAUUGUAAAGGUGAUGCCUGCAUGGGUGAUGUUGUUAUGUUUGAACAAAAAGUAUACGAGAUGUACAAUGUAGCAUCUAGGAGCUCCAUAGGUCCUUCAUGUGGAACAAGAACUGUUGCAGGUCGCAUUGUGAAAGAAAGCUAUGGUGCUUCUAAACAACAACAUACAUUUACGAUUGAAGUAUUGUGGAGUAAGGGUGAGAAACCACUUCCUCCACUCCAUCCCCUUUUAAUCAAGGGUCGAAACCUUUACCGGAUGAAGACUCUGAGACAGACUUGGGAAGACGAAGAAGAAAGGCAGAAAGUUUUAAUGGAAAAACAUGCCAGGGGAUCACUUGCAAGAUCAAAUAGGGAAGCACGUGUGUUAGAGAAAGAAAAAAGAAAAACGCACAAAGAUAAUAGGAUAUCAAGGAGAGAAGGAUUUAGUGAGAAUCCUUCCCAGUCAAAUCUAACUUCAGCAGGGACAAUGUUAGCUGAAUCCAUGGUAAGUUUAUCCGUUGAUUCAAGAAAAAUGGGGAUUCAUCAACACCAGCAAGGACCUCUCUGCGGUAAUCCAGGAAAACCACUUCAACGUCAUCAGUCAGAAAACAGAACUAUGCAAACAAAAUCAGAUCUGUUCAUUAACCACAGGAAACAGCCAUUUCAAGAGAAUUACUUGACCCAACCCCGAAUCAAAGUGGAUCCUCCGGCAAGCUACAACACACAGCCCCGAAUUUACAGGGCUGAUCAUGCUGCUUCUGUUAACAAGGUUCUUGAUGGUACAAACCACACAUCCUGGAAUCAWUAUAGACUACCAAUGGGCGUUUAUCAUCAUCCUAUAGUGAAGAAUCAACCUGACAAGCAACAACGAUGCCGUUAUUAUGCGGAAGGGAGAUGUUACUUCGGGGAGAACUGUAAGUUCUCUCAUGAAAUGAUGACAGAGCGGCGGGACGAAGAAAGAUGGCGCCACACGCAUCAUGCUCGCCUUUGUCGGUAAUGAACACACACACACACACACAACUCUAGGGUUGGCUGAUGGAAUUUUGGGUUCUAUGGAAAAAUUUGUUUUUUGUAUUGAAGAAGUAACGCACCGAUGGUUGCUUUGAUAACUUUCAACUGAGAUCAAGUUAAUGAUCUUCUCUCAUCUUGA